AUGGCGGAACUGCUUCUCUCCGUUGUUGCCGAGCGAAUCAUUGGGACUUUGGGCUCACUGGCUGCCAAAGAGAUCGGACUGCUAUGGGGUGUCAAAGAUGAGCUUCAAAGCCUCACCAACACCGUUUCAACAAUCAAAGAUGUGCUUCUGGAUGCGGAGGACAAACAGGCUGAUGGAGACCGUGCUGUCACACGUUGGCUUGAAAGGCUAGAAGAUGCCAUGUACGAUGCUGAUGACUUGUUAGAUGAGGUUUCAACUGAAGCUCUACGAAGAGAUAUAAUGACCCGUGAUAAGAAGGCCAAAAAGGUACGCAUUUUUUUUUCCGAAUCAAACCAGUUUGCCUUUCGUCAUAAAAUGGCCCACAAGAUUAAGGGCAUGAGACUGAGGUUAGCUGCCAUCGACAUCGAGAGGCAGAGAUUCAACUUGGAGGUGCGCCCUAUAGAGACACAAGUUGGGAACAGGGUGAGGGAUAACACUCAUUCUUUUGUACUUGCGGAAGAAGUUAUUGGGCGAGAGGAUGAUAAGAAUGCAGUUGUACACCGUCUGAUGAACUCCAACGUUGAAGAGAAUGUUUCAAUCCUUCCGAUUGUUGGCAUUGGUGGAUUAGGAAAAACCACAUUCGCUCAACUCAUUUUUAACGAUGACAAAAUCCAAAAGCAUUUUGAGCUUAGAAUGUGGGUGUGUGUGUCUGAUACCUUUGAUGUUAAAAAUAUUGUUGAAAAAAUCUUAGAAUCUGCAACAAAGAAGAAACCAGAAACCGUUGAAAUGGAUACAUUGAUAGGUUAUCUUAAAAAAGAAAUCGAUGGUAAGAAAUACUUUCUCGUGUUGGAUGAUGUGUGGAAUGAGGAUGAUGAAAAAUGGUGUCGCUUGAAAAAAGUGCUGAUGGGUGGUACAAGAGGCAGUAGAAUAUUGGUGACUACCCGCAAUGAAAUCGUUGCAAGGACCAUCCGCCAGGAAAGCGUUGCAAGGAUUAUUGGGACAGUUGAAUCAUAUUCCUUAAGGGGUUUAGACGAAGAAGCGUCAUGGUCUUUAUUUAAGCAGAAGGCAUUUAAGAAUGGACAAGAGCUGGAGAAUUCGAGCAUCGUAGCACUUGGGAGGGAGAUCCUACAAAAGUGUUUAGGUGUCCCUCUAGCCAUAAGGACAAUCGGAAGUUUACUAGGCUCCAAAAAUCCUGAAACAGAGUGGUUGUCUUUUAAGAAUAAUGAACUCUCAAAAAUAUAUCCAAAAGAAAAUGGCAUCUUACCAACUUUGAAGCUAAGUUAUAAUCAUCUUCCUUCACAUUUGAAGCACUGCUUUGCAUAUUGUAGUUUGUUUCCAAAGGAUUACGAGAUUGAAAAAUCAACUCUGAUUAAACUUUGGAUAGCGCAAGGGUUUGUCAAGUCAUGUGAUGAUCAAGAAGCUAAAAUGGAAGAUGUUGGUAAUGAAUAUUUUAUGGAUUUACUUUUGAGAUCAUUCUUUCAGGAAGCUAAGAUGGAUGAGUUUGGUAACGUAAUUGAAUGCAAAAUGCAUGACCUCAUGCAUGAUCUUGCCAUAUCAGUGGCAGGAACGUUGAUCACCACAUUAGAUGAUAAGAAGAGAAACAUUGGUGAGAAAACUCGUCAUGUAUCAGUUGCUUACAAUAUAAAUAUUUCACGUGGAGUUUCAACAUUAUUGUGUAAAGCAAGUAGGAUGCGAACAUUUCUUUGCUUUGGACAAUACUUUGAGGAUAAUAUUGAUUGUGAUGCAACUUUUUCAAGUUCCAAGUUCUUACGCGUGUUGGAUUUGAAAAAGUUUUAUGAUUUUAGUCUUGAGCAGCCUCUUGAUAGGUUUCAAAAUUUAAGGUUUAUCAGGAAGUUGAAGCAUUUAAGAUAUCUCGAUCUUUCUGAAAACAGAAAUCUGGAGAAGUUGCCUGAUUCUAUAACCAGUUUGCAAAAUUUGCAAACACUAAGACUCUCCUAUUGUUUGUCACUAAAAGAAUUGCCGAGAGAUAUUAAAAAAUUAGUCAACCUUAGGCAUCUUGAGAUAGAUGGAUGUGGUUUAACGUAUAUGCCACUUGGAUUGGGGCAACUAACUAAUCUUCAGACAUUAUCCACAUUUUUUGUCUAUUCGGAUUCUCUUUCCAGACAUAGUGGUAACAGUGGUUUACAAGAACUAAAGGGAUUAAAUAAGCUGAGAGGAGAGCUAAAGAUUGUAAAUCUAGGACAUGAGAAAGGUGUUGCAUCAGAAUGUAAGGCUGCAAGUCUAAAUAAGAAACAACAUCUUCAUACUUUGCGUAUACGGUGGAGUGCUAAAGGACGUGUCAAUGAUUCAGAUGUUGCUGAGGAUGAAGCGUCAUUGAAAGGCUUCCAACCACACCCAAAUUUGAAAAAUCUAUUCUUAAAAUGCUAUCGUGGUUCAAAGCUUCCGAGUUGGAUUUUGUUACUCAAAAAUCUUGUUAUAUUUCAAUUAACUAGGUGUAAUAGAUGCCAAUAUCUGCCACCAUUGAGUCAACUGCCUUCCCUCAAGAAGCUUUCUCUUAUAGAAUUGGAGGCUAUUGAGUACAUAUCAGACGACGGUGAUAGCAAUGAGUUCUAUUCUUCUUCAAUGGCACCAACACCAUUUUUCCCAUCCCUCAAGUAUAUCCGGCUCUCUAAAUGCCCUAAUCUCAAGGGGUGGAGGAGGAGGAGGGAUUCUGCUGUGGAGGUAAUUAGUGAUAGUGAUAAUUCCGUUGAAAUAACGGAGCAUCGUUUACUCCCUUCUUUUCCUCGUCUUUCAGAAUUAAAAGCCAGGAAUUGCCCUAUGUUGACUUCCAUGCCAAUGUUUCCACAUCUUGAAGAAGAGUUGUUCCUUUACAAAGCUAGCUCAAAGCCACUGCAACAGACAAUGAUGAUGAAUAUGGCAGCACCGCAAAGCCCAACGUCAACAGCAACAUACUCCUCUUCAUUCACACCUCUUUCAAAAUUGAAGAAUAUAAAAUUGACUUUCAUUCCCGAUCUAGAAACUUUGUCACUGCAAAAUCUCACUUCUCUUGAGUCUUUGACGAUAUCUGAUUGCCAUAGAUUAAAGUCUCUCUCCCUAGUGAGGAUGGGAUGCAAUGGCAAGGCCUCCUCUCCCUUUGCUUCUCAAGUCUUCCAAAAUUGGCGUCUCUCCCCUCGGGGCUGCAACAUGCUACCACUCUACAGAAGCUCAAGAUUUCAAAUUGUGAAAGCUUGA